CCCGUUAGCAAGGGGAUAGUUUUUCCUUUUUAUAGCCUUGUUGUUGGUUGGCAUAGACUUGAAUAAAAAUGUUAAGGAUUGAAUCUUCUGAUGUUAUUCCUGCACGCAUUGAUAGCUCUAAUCAAGACGCAUUUCAGGGACGUAACUUUACCCUGGUGAAACCGAGAUGGGUUGAUGAUAGCCAAGCAAGUUCUUGCAAGUUGUGUCAUAACAAGUUCAAUCAAAUCAGAAGACGCCAUCAUUGCAGGUCCUGUGGUCUUGUCUUAUGCAACAAAUGUUGUUCUGAGAAGCUACCACUUCCACAGUUUGGAUCCCAAUUAGCUGACCGUGUGUGUUCUGCAUGUUUUCCAAUAGCAUCAUGUGUUACUAUGUCUUAUUCACCGCAGCAGGAAUUUCGACUCCAAGCAGCGCUCUCUCUUUCCACCUUGUGUCGGGACAAACCAGCACCAGUUGUGGCUCUAGGUGGCGCUCACAUGCUCGUCAACUUAGCAAAGUUAACUCAGCAUUCGAAUGUAGAUAUAAUGGUUCAUAUAUCAUCUGCCAUACACACACUACUAAUGCAUACUGACUUGGUGGAAUGGUUUGUUUCUAUUGGUGUUUUAAAUGCCCUCUCUGUAAUGCUGGGUGUACCUUCCUCUGCUGUUGCAUUGAAACAGUACACUGUACUAACAGAGAGUCUAAACUCACUGAGAACCAUCGCAAAGGCAAAUGAUUCACUUAAAUUGAAAGUUGCAGAAAAUGCCUGUUUGUCUGCAUCCCUACAGCUCUGCUCGCGGCAGGACCCCAGCAUUUCAUUAGUUGCUGCAACAGUUGUAUCACUGAUUGCGCAAUACCAACCAACCCAUGGCCACAUCUUAGCAGUUCCAAACGUCCUGCGAACCAUUAUACUGAAGAUUUCAAACUCAGAAGAGGAACAGAUUACAGAGCAAAUGCUAAAAAUAUUGGAAGUUUUGUCUAAAGGAAAUGAUGAAAUAAAGCACAGCAUUACAUCAGAGGAUGCUGCAUGUGGAAGCCUGCUGGCUAAAGUGUUUCAAACGAACCCGAAAAAUCUUCAAAUUUAUGUGAACACAGCUAGCACUGUGGGGAAUCUUGCAACAAACAGUAUUGACCAGGUGUUGCUACAAUCUAGCUUUAAUGCAGUACUGAGUGCAUUGAACAGAAGUUUUCCUAACUAUGUAACUUAUGAGCUUAUCAGAGCUGCUGCAAAUUUUGCUUAUCAUCGAUGCAACUCACAAUUUCUGAUCCAAAACUUCAGUACUGUUGUAAAGUUGUUAAACCAUAGCAAUGCCUCGAUACAAAAUGAAACUUUUCGUUGUCUGUUUAACUUGUUUUCAAACCGAAGCAUGGACACCAUCCAGUUAUUAAGCAGAAAUGGGGUGGAAAGUUUUCUUACCAGAUUUUCUGAGCAAAGCGCUUUAAUGGAAAACACCAAGAAUUUUCUGAACUCCACAAAGUCCAACUAUGCAUAGAGGAAUGGUAGUCUGUACAAAAUAUUUCCUAAUUUGUUUUUAUCAUAAUAAUUUAGUAUUACAAACGCAAUUUUAAAUCAAUGUGGCAAUUUUAUUUGAUAUUUUUUUAAAUUGUAGGGUGGGAAAAGAUGGGACACCUUUUUGUUCUAUUUUCUCGCCUCAUUUGAUAGUAAACAAAGAAUAUUCAGAGAAUCAUUAAACCGUAUCCUCACGGCUCCCAUAAACUGUUGUUAAAUGUUUGAACCACGAUCCAGAUAUUUGUAUAUUAUGUGAUUCAGGUGUCCCAUUUCCCCCCCCAGUACUAUACUAACAGUAGCAAAAGACUAACAGUUUUUGUGCAAUGUUUUUACAAUUUUUUUCCAGUGCAAUAUAGUGUUUUUUAAAUAAAUGUGCAAUUAAUUUUUCUAUUUUUCAUGCCUUUGAAGGGUGUUUUAUUUGCUGGUUAUCGCCAAACGUCAUACCUAUAUUUCUGUGAAUAAAAUGAUCAUUCAUGACAAAAA